CGUGACACGUCUAUAUAAACAGCACCGCCAACUCCGAUUCCGGAUCAGAAAUCGCAAACGAGAGCAACUGUUGAAGAAGAACGGAAAAAAGAAGGAAAAAAAUUAAUGAGUUCGGCGGCAAAAGCUUGGGUGGUGGCGGCGAGCGUGGGAGUGGUGGAAGCGCUGAAGGACCAAGGGAUAUGCAGGUGGAAUCACGCCAUAAGAUCGGCGCAGCAGUACGCCAAGAGCCGCGUCAGGCCUCUUUCUCAGGCCAAGAAGUUGUCGCCGUCGUCUUCCGCCGUCGUCUCCGGCCGCCACCACAAUAAGUCGGAGGAAUCUCUGAGAAUGGUCAUGUAUUUAAGCUGCUGGGGUCCCAAUUGAGCCCCCUCAUCAAGUACAUGAAUCGGCAAAUUUUAGUCAGAAUCCUUUUUUUUUUUUUUGCGGGGGCUGAAACUUGUAAAUAUUUCUGUGUUUAAAUGAAUUUGAUAUGGACAAUUGCCCUUGUGUUAUUUAUCAAGUAUUCCUCUGUUCAAUCCUUUCCCGAUAUCUCUCUUU